AGUACGCCUGGUAUCCGCCCAUAUACGCGUAAAGCAGGCCAGACGGAGCAGCUAGGCCGGGGCGCUGGAUCAAAUGGAAAGUUCAAUCGAUUAAUUUGCUCACUUUUUCGCAUGUUCUCUCUUGCUUGUGAACCGACGACAGAUCAACUUAAAUGCGGGGGUUUUGGUGAGAAAUAGGAAAUGCAGAGAUCGUGUGAAACGAGAGGAAUAUCAGCUUGACUCGGUCGCUACUUCGGACACGGAACUCCACUCAGUAAAAGGUGAAUCAUGACAGAAUAUAAACUGGUUGUGGUGGGAGCUGGUGGCGUUGGCAAAAGCGCACUUACCAUUCAGCUCAUCCAGAAUCACUUCGUGGAUGAAUAUGACCCCACCAUUGAGGACUCUUACAGAAAGCAGGUAGUCAUUGACGGAGAGACAUGUCUACUGGACAUCCUGGACACAGCAGGUCAGGAGGAGUACAGCGCCAUGAGGGAUCAAUACAUGAGGACAGGGGAGGGUUUCCUCUGUGUCUUUGCCAUCAACAAUACCAAGUCCUUUGAAGACAUUCACCACUAUAGAGAACAGAUUAAGCGGGUGAAGGACUCUGAGGACGUCCCCAUGGUGCUGGUGGGGAACAAGUGUGACCUCCCGUCCCGGACAGUGGACACAAAGCAGGCUCAGGACUUAGCACGUAGCUACGGCAUUCCCUUUAUUGAGACCUCAGCCAAAACCAGACAGAGAGUGGAAGAUGCCUUUUACACUCUGGUACGGGAGAUCAGGCUGUACCGGGUCAAUAAGAUCAGCAAGGAAGAAAAGACUCCGCGCUGUGUCAAGCUUAAAAAGUGUGUUGUGAUGGGCGUUGACGAUGCCUUUUACACGUUAGUGCGAGAAAUCCGGAAGCAUAAGGAGAAGAUGAGCAAGGAGGGCAAAAAGAAGAAAAAGAAGUCCAAGACAAAGUGUACAAUUAUGUGAAUAAUGAUUCCCUUUUAAGACAAAAAAAUGCAACUAUGUUGAACAGUUCAAGUAAUACAUUUUGUACAUUACACUAAAUUAUUAGCCUAUUUCUCCAUACCCACACAAUACUAAACCUGAACUGAAUUUUCUGCCUUUUCUUUUUUUUUUUGUUUUUGUUUUUUUUUUUCUCUUCUUAUUUGCUUCUUUGGACACCAAUAAGCUUCAUUUUCAGUUUAGUGCCAGUUGCCCACAAUAUGGGUUCAAGAGCCUGAUGAAUUUAGGAUUGUUAUUUUUUUUAAAUGAUAAUGCUGAUUUGGAGCAUUUUACAGAGCUGGGAGCCAAUUGCAUUGCAAAUUAUGUUUAACAAAUUAUUCAUUAAACCGUGAGUUAAUUUUCUCUUUGCUUGAAAGGUCAUGUUCUCUAAUGACCUUUUUAAAAGUAUGGGAUGCCAAAGAAUGAAUUUUCAUCCCGCUCACGUAGACAAUAUGGAUAUGAAGAAAGGACCAACAGUCAGCCAGAUGAGAUCCAAUCCCAGCCCCCGUGUUUUGUCCCCGUCUCUAACGACCUCUAGGUAUGACUUAGCUAUGCCACUGAUAAGUAUGCAUGCAAACUCCUACUCAUCUCUGAAUGUUUUAACACCUUCAUUAGUUAUUAAUUAAUUUGUCUUUUCUUAGUACUGUGUGUUCUUGCCAUGAGGUGAGAGAGAUUUUUUUUUUUUUUUUUUCCUUUUUGCAUGAAUUAUGUCCUAGAAGACAUGGGUAAACUGCCUCUGGUCGAUGGAUUAAACGAAGCCAGCGAUAAAGAACUCUGACUCGGUUGGACAUAGUCUAGUUUUUCAGGUUUUUUGAAAGUAGUUUUUUGCUUUUGUUUGGUUUU